AGACUACAAGUCGCUCAAUCCUCAGGAUAUUAAAGAAAACAACAAAAAGGCAUAUGAUGGCUUUGCAAGUCUGGGAAUCUCUCGUCUCCUGGAACCAUCUGAUAUGGUGCUGCUGGCCAUUCCCGACAAGCUGACGGUGAUGACCUACUUGUACCAGAUCCGGGCUCAUUUUUCCGGUCAGGAGCUCAACGUGGUGCAGAUAGAGGCUAACAGCAGUCGCAGCACUUAUAAAGUGGGGGACUUUGAGACUGAUACAAAUGCAUCCAUUGGCCAGGACAAGUUCUACGCUGAGCUGAACGAUGUGCAGCACCGCCCGGCUGACUCUCAGCCCGCUUCAUCUGCUGGGAUUCCCACUGAAUCCAAUGGGGCAGAUGUUGCUGAGGGGGAGAUGACGGAGUCCCAAGUUGGAGUAGAUUUGACCGGCUCAUCAGCACCGGGUCCUUUGCAGUCCUCACCUCCUGUCCCGUCGCCGCGCACAGUAUUAACUACCACAGCUGCAAACUCGACCCACAUGGCACCACCAGGCUCCGAGGACAGAGGGAGCCUACUCAAAGCCAACACUUUGGAUCUUAGUGAGUUACCACACAGAGAGGAGAAAGAGGUGGAGAAGGAAACUCUACACAACGAGGAGGUGGGAGAGGAUAGAAAGGAAGGAAGUAAUGAACCGUCGUCCCCAACAAGGAGAGAAAACACAUCACCUCACCAGAAACUGGGCUUCUCCUAUAACAGGGACGCUGACCUCAUUAAAAAGAAAAGGGCCAGCCUGCGUCACACAGAGUCUGAGCCGGCCUCAAACACCAGAUCUACUUCAGUAAAUCACACAGAUAUCCCUGUUAAACAGGAUUCAUCACCUGCUCCUGUUUAUAGUCCUCUGGCUGAAAAGAAAGUUCUUUCUCGUCAGGAGGCGUUGAAGGAGAGAGCCCGGCUCCUCCUGGAGCAGGCCCGCAGAGAUGCUGCCAUGAAAGCCGGUAACAAGAAUGUCCCUAACUCAUCUGUAACUGCCCCAAACAGGACUUCAAACACCUGUGAUGAGCGAGAUGCAGAGCGGCGAAGACAACUGAGGGAAAGAGCCAGGCAGCUGAUAGCCGAAGCCAGAUGUGGAGUCAAGUUUAUCGACAUGAGCCUGGAGGAUUCAAACAGCACUGCAAAAAACAGAGGCAGGAUGCUUGUAACUGCAGGAGAUGUUUUGGAGAGGAUGARAAGUCAUGAGGAGGAGGAUGAUUAUGAUGAAAAGGGUGAGGAUGAGGACGAGAGUAGGGCAGAGGAAGAGCAGCAACACUUUGGUGACGGUUCUUCUGGUGCUGCUUUGUCUGCUUCUGCACUGAUUACUAACCAGCUACCACAGGACGACCUUCCAACCACGUCCAGCACCCAGGGACACCUGGAGCUUACUAACCCUGGCUCUGAGCUAACUUCACUGGGUCCAAACAGCAAGAACGUGGAUCUGAAGCUGAAGAAGCUGGUGGAGGCCGGUCCAAGAGGAGUCACAUCCCCUUCCUCCCCUUCCUCCACGUCCUCCUCAUCCUCACCCACUGCCUCCUCCACCUCCCCUCUCAGCCCCGCAGAAGGACUGGAGAAUAAUGCAGAAGAGCUGCGAGCAGAACGUCUGCGCAGAGCCACGGAGAAGCUGCGCAGUCCGGUCGUCUUCAACAAGGAUUCUGCAGUGAGGAAAACGCAGCUUAAGUCCUUCAGCCAGUAUGUUGAAAACAGACCAGAGGUGAAGCGUCAAAAAUCUGUUCCUGAAGAUCUAAAAAAGGUUGACGAGGACAGAGGUUCUCCAACAGAAGYAGACCUCCGUAAACCAUUUGAAGAAGAGGUUUGUUUCUUUUUUUUGUUAUUUCUUUUGGCUAAUUGGGUAAAAAGCAUGGGGAGAAUUUGUUUUCAGUUGACUGAAACACAUUAAAAUGAGCAAGAACUUUGUGCAGUGGAACUCUUGAAUCA